AUGGCUCGGGAUUCCCUUGUUGUAGCUAUUCUCAUUGAAAGUUGUGUGGCUCCCAAAAUGACGUUCAGAACCGGAGAUUGUAAAUAUGACAAGACGGUUUUUUCUAACUUCUCCAUUCAAAUCAUCAACACCAAACUAAUGAUGGACAUGAUUCUGGUAUCGACCCUCCCGCCAGGCUUGAAGGCACAUUUGAGCUUUGAGUUUCGCCUUUCCAAGAGCAAGCCCUACCAAAGUGUCUACCAGCACGACAUGAACUACUGUGCCCUCAUUAAAGGAGCCCAGCAGUCGAUCUAUCGGCGUUGGUUCACAUCGAUGCUGAAGGUGGGAAACUUCGCAACGAGUUGUCCCAUCAAACAGGGGUACUACUACAUGCACGGGUGGACACUGGACGCCAACUAUGUUCCCUCGUUUUUCUAUGUAGGCGACUACCGAAUUUGCGGAAGCUUCUUUUACGGCAGGUUUAAGAAGAAUGUGAUAAAUCCAAUGCUGGAGUGCUCUGUCGAAGCUGUGCUAAACUGA